GGGAGAUUAGAUUUUCUAAUACAUUAUUUUCAUAUUUUGAACUUAUAAAUUAUUUUUGCUUCCUGAGAAAAUAAAAGAAAGAACCAAGGUGAGCCGGAUCCAUUCUUCAAACUUUUAUAUCAGGUUCAAAAGCCCAACAACAGAACGGGUUGUCUGAUUCGGCCCAUGGGGCUCUUUCGGUUUGUUCGCAGCUUUGACGGACCAAAAAAAAAGAAAAAGACACAAAAAUAACAGUAUAACACAAUCUUUUGAUUUACCGGGAAAACAAAACAAUUCCCCAGACAUUGGAAAACGAACAGAGAUGGCGACGACGGAAACAUUGAGAUCAAUCUCAGUAGGAUUGGAAGCCAUUGAUGAAAAGAAAGCUCAACUGAGGAGAGCAUUCGAAGAGCUUCAAGCUCAUUCUUCAUUGAUCCCAUCUUCAUCAUCUUCCACCUCUUCGUUUACCAAUCUUAAAUGGGCCGACAUCGAUUCUUACUUCACUUCCCUUCAAUCCGGCCUCCAAGCAAAAUUCGCCCUCCUCAAAUCCGCCAAACCCGUCCCGGAAGGACCCCAGCCCCCGCCGCAGCCUGAGUCGGCGGCGAAUAUUAAAUCCGGUUCGGCUACGUCGGAACCGCUCCCGCCGCAGCCCGAGUCAAAGGCGAAACGAAAAGCCAGCUUGUCCGUACCGGAGCCAGUCCCGAGCGCGGGUCCGGUUCCGGUGAGACCUGAAUUGAAGUCCUUCUGUGAGAAGAUGGACUCGUUUGGGUUGAGGGAUUUCUUGCUGGCCCGCCCAAGAGAACGGGCGGUUAUUCGGGAUGAGCUGGCUGACGCGUGGAAGCACGCUCGUGACCCUGCGAUGUUGGUCGUUGAUGCCAUGCAGGGGAUUACCGGUGACGGGUCGUCGGGCGGGGUUGCGGAUGUUACCGGGUUGAGGAGGGUUUCUGUUGCUUUACUGGAGGCAUUGAUGAGGGCUAAGGUUGAAAUUGGGGCUCAGGUCAAAGAGAAGGCUAUGGCGAUCGCCGUUGAAUGGAAUAGGAAUAUUGCCGCCGGUGUUAGUAGUGAGGGGGAUGACGAUGGAUUGGAAAAGUUGUGUUUUUUGCAAUUGGUGGCCACAUUUGGAUUGGUGGAGAAUGACUUGUUUAAUAUGAAUGAUCUGGUUGAGUAUGCUGUUGCAAUUGCUAGGCAUCGCCAAGCUGUGGAUUUGUGUCGUGUCAUUGGGUUUGGGGAUAGGAUUUGUGACGUUAUUACAAAACUGAUUAGUGGGGGUAAAAUUCUUGUGGCUGUUAAGUUCAUAUUCCAAUUUGAGCAGACAGAAAAGUUCCCACCUGUGCCUUUGCUAAGAGGUUGUAUAUCUGAGACCAAAAAGAUUGGUCAGAAGGCUCGUCGCACUGGCGGUCGAAGUGGAAAGAACUUUCGUCAGUCCUGGGUAAUGUUGUGUUUUAAAUGUAGUUCUUCGCUCGGUGAUGAUGGACCUAAAAACAAUAUGCUAAUGUAGCCUGUUUUUCUUUCUUGUGUAGAAUGAGGAAACCGCAAAAGCUAUCAGUAUGCUUAAAUCAGUUAUCAAAGUUAUAGAUGAGUACAGCUUGGAUACAGUAUUACCAAAGAAUGUACUUCUUAGACGUGUGGAGAAGCUAGAAAAUGAGAAGAAUACUAAGAAACGACCUGCAGUGACUCCUGGAGUCAAAUCUCAGCCACCAUCAAAGCAACAGAAGCUGAGUUUAGGUAAGCAGGCAAUGAAAGUUGGGACGACUGGUUCAGCAGCAUUCCAAAAGGAUGCUGCUGCCAGCACAACUGUUCAAUUGAUAGGAACCCAGCCACAUGCGCAUUUGGCUGGUGUGUUUGCAGAUCCAUACCUGAAUACACCUGCUUCAGCAUACGGCUUGGCAGGUUCGGCACCUGCGUUUACACAUCAUACAGGCACAUCUGCUGACAUGUAUGGAUUGCCACGAACUCAUAUGAGUUUAUCUGGAAACCUGGAUAGGCCAGUAGUUUAUAGUAGUGGAUACAGUUAUCUACCACCUGAAUACCAUCCAGCUUAUUAUCCUCAGUAGUUCAUUAUUAGGAAUGGUAUUUAUUCUAGUGGUUAUCAGAAAGCAUUAUGCUUUUGAUCACCUACAUUUAGCAGAGUCAGUACUUUUGGUUUCUAGAUCAUUAUUUUUCUUUUGUCAGUGAUAACUGAUGGUAUUUCCAGAAUAAUAAUUUGGGAUGGCGUCCUAAUGUUCGCGUAUUGAUUGGUUAAGGACGCUACAUUAGCGUGAUUUUGUGAAGAUGGUUUGGGUUUAUAUUUUGUCUUCUAUACUCAUUAUCUCUCCACCUUGCACCUUUGGUGGAAGAGUGUUCUUUUUUUUUUUGGAUGUCAAAACGAGGAAACUCUUCCUCUUGAAUUCCAACUAAUUCAUUAGUGAGUAUUGGUUCUUAUGUAGAGUAUGCUAUCCCUGCCUAAAUUCGAGCAAUCUCUCUCUCUCCCCCCCCUUCCCUUCUCUCCUCUCUCUAUGCAUUUUAGAAGAAAAAUCCAGUAGUUCCUCUUUCACUUCAUUAGUAAUCUCAGCAUGAUAUAUUAAGUAGGUUUUGAAAUAUAGGACAUGUUAUUGCAAAGUUGGUUUGCAUUGAAUCCUCGAAGUGCGCGUUUGCAUUAGGCUUCAGUUGAUAAUGUGCUGGGGCUUCAGUUGCUCAGAUGUCAAUGGAUGCAUCAUGGCAUCAUUCUCUGUAAAGAUGCUGAGAAAAUGAGCUGCCUCUGCUUUGCAGGUAGAAGAGAUUGAUGUCAUACUAUAAGACUGAUUACUACUAUUAUUCUAGUAGAGUGUUAAAGCUUGUAUCUUUGUCAUAGUUUGCAGGGUUGGUGAAUAGUGGCAUCGAUUAGAACAUUGUUUGAACAUUUCCUAUGCAGAUAUAUCUGGUAGAGUUGGUGCAUUUACUUCAGUUGCUGGGUAACCGAAAGAAUGAUGAUAUAGUAAUGCAAUCAUUUCUGCUGUUACCUUUCUCUUUCCAAUCAGUGGCCAAGCAAUGGAAUGGGUAGAAUUACUCAAAAUCCAACUAAGAGAUUAGAAUUGAUGAGCCUUUUAUUUAAUCUGAAACCAAUUUUGGUUUGGUUUUGUUCCACUCUCAGCUCUCCCAGUCAGCAUAUUGGCUUUGCUAAGAAAUUCAUGUCAGCAAGGCAGGAGGUGAGGAACUGUCCCAGCAUUUUGCCUACUACCACGGCUCAUAAGAUGGCUUGGACAUUCAUUUGCCUUGGCAGUUGGCUUGUAAGAUGCUAGAAUACGCAAUGUAGCUUGGGAGAAGAAGGUAGCAAUGGGAUUUGCGAGCAGCAAGCUCGCGGUACAAGUGAGACGACUUUGAACUGCUCUGCUCGACAGAAGUUGAGAGGUGGUAUCGGUAAGCAGCCUCCUCCAAAACAGCUCCGGAGAGUUUUGCAUGGUGUUAUUUGUAAGAAGGAAUAAAGGCUCCAAUUUUGUGAAUGAACUUUAGUUGUUAGUUACACAACCUUUAUCCCUUCAACACUUGGCUCUGUAGUUAUAGUAGUGGAACUGGCACAGUUAGGACCCUUGGAAACAUAGUAGAAUCAUUUCAGUUUGGUGAGCUUUUUUAUGUGUGUUAAAAUGUCAGAAUGUUAUACUCCCUCUGCUCCUUAAUAUAAGGCAUUUUGAUUUUGUGUUAGGAUUAACCUACUACGUAUUUUUAAUUAAUGAAAAAACUUUAAAAAUAUAUUUUUACAUUUGUUGUAUUUUCUUGAUUGUUAUGAAAUAUUUUUAAGGUUUUUUUGCCAAUUAAAAAUAUGUACUAGUUUAAACCUAGAACAAAUCAAAAUGUCUUAUAUUAAGGAGCAGAGAGAGUAAUUUGUAAGAAAACUAACUAGGCAAAAUCAAAAAGGAUUAUUGUUUUACUUAUGCUUCUUGUUUAUGUAAAUUUCAAACUUUGAUCGUUAUCAAAGACUUAUCAUGUGAAAGGAAC